UAUUGAAAUUUGGAUCAGUUUGGGCAAUUUUCCGAUAUCCUCCUCUCUCACUCGCUCAUCGAGCCGCUCCAUUUUUCUUCUUUCUACUUUCUCCUCCAACGACGCAGCUACUACCCGCGUGUCCUGAAAGUUGCUGUGGCCACGUUCCCGAUCACGAGCACGCCACUUGCUCCGACGAACGGCGCUCAACAAUUCUCCCUCUCCGGCGACCUGCUUCAACAGCAGCUGCAGGCAUUUUAAUCUAUAAUGCCGCCGCAGCGGCGACAUUUUGAUUAAGAUUACUCACAACCCUCUGGAAGGAAUCCAGAUCAAAAUAUCCACACCUCGUUAAGGAUUGCAAGCUUCAAGAGGACUUGACAGAUGAAAUGGUUGGUUUAGCAAAGCAGUCGAAGAGAGCAGUCUGAUAACGAGCCAAUCCUUAGAGAGCAUUGAGAAAGAUUUUCCUCUUUUCUAAAUGGGUUUAAGUAAAACUGAAAUCAACUUGAAGCGGCUCCUGGCAACUGCCCCUCAUCAGAAGGAUCAGGCUAAACUUAUACAUUAUGUGACUACUCUAAGAGAACAGCUGGAGCAACUUGCUGAAGAGAAAACACCUGAAGGCUUAUCAAGAGUUUCAAAGGCUUUGCUUGGCGAUUAUUCAGAGAAGAUAGAGGCCAUUGCUUCAAAAUUAGUUGUUCCAUUGCCUGACGUGGAGGAGUCUUCUGAGCCCUCUACAAGUACUUCUGUUCGAGAAAUUUCGUCUAUAGCUGAAGAAGAUUUAAACACCCCCAGUUCACCUACGGGACUAAGGAGGAGAUUUCCGGCAUCCUCUAUUGUGGAAGAUAGAUCUCAUGGCACCAUCAAACAAGACUCCUCAGCACCUGUCAAGUUGGAUGCUGCAGCAAUAAACCACAUUGAGAAACACAGGAAGCUUCAAGAGGAUUUGACUGAUGAAAUGGUUGGGUUAGCGAAGCAAUUGAAAGAGAGCAGUCUGAUAAUGAGCAAAUCUUUGGAGAACACUGAAAAGAUACUGGAUUCCACGGAGAAGGCCGUUGAGGAUAGCUUGGCAACCACUGGUCGUGUCAACAAACGUGCUGUCCAGAUUUACUCAGAGAGCUCAAAAACUUCAUGCUUCACUUGGCUGGCGAUCUUCGUAAUGACAUGUGUUUUCGUAAUGGUUGUGCUUCUCAUUCGAGUUACUUAAAAUACUAGAAACUAAUAUUCGGAUUCCUAGUAAAUGUUCAAGCAUUUUUGAACUUGUAUACACACACUUCUCCGGUAAAAAAAGAAAAAAAAAACCAGAAGAUCACUCGUUGAACAUGAUUACCAUUUGUAAUUUUAACUCAUCGAUGAAAUUUUUGUUUACUAUCAAACAAAAGAUAUCGAAGCCAGAAGAAUUCGUGGUGAAAAUUUUUGUCGA